CCCCGUUUCCGUAAAUCUCCCUUUGUAGUUGUACUUGUACAUCUCUCUCCCUCUGCUUUGGCUUUUGCUUUCCUUUUAGGGUUUUUGAUCAUCCCUCUGGUCAAUAUAGGUUUUGGUAUUAUCUCAUCUCAAUGUCUGCGAAUUCCAAGCUGGAGAGGUUUGUUUCUCAAUCGGCGGAUACGGUGGCUGUUUCUAACCGUGUGGUGGCUUCACGGUCUACUCGUCAGCCGCGGCUCUCUUUCUCCACCUUUGUUCCGGCGUCCGACAACGAUUACCCGAAGAAGAUGAAAUCCGACGAGAUAUCUCCGAAGAGAGAGGAGGUUCCGGUGUCGGCGAAGGAGAGAGAAGAAGCGGAGGAGGAGGAGGAGGAAGAGAAGAGGACUUGGAAUCUUCGGCCGAGGAAGGCUUAUGGUGGUGGUUUGAAGAAGGGAAACGGCGUGUUCACGGCGGAGGCGUGCGUUGGAGUCGGAGGAGGAGGAGGAGCUUCGGAGGUGAAGAAUCAGAAAUCAGGCGGAGGAAUGGAGCCGAAAUCGAACAGGCAGAGAGGAAUCCCGGCGGAAUCUCCGGGAUUAGGCGGUGGUGAGGUUGCGAACGAGAAUCACAGGCUUUGGGUUGCUCUUUCUAGAGACGAGAUCGAAGAAGAUUUGUUCAGCAUGUGUGGGAGCAGGCCAUCUCGCCGGCCACGGAAGAGGACUAAAACAUUGCAGAAGUAUCUCGAUGUCAUUUUCCCUGGAUUGUGUCUCGUGGGGAUGAAUGCUGAUUGCUUCAAAGUAUCCAACUCUCCAUUGAAGCGAUGAUCGAUGCAAAGUAGUCUUUUGGCAAAAGAAAAAAGGGUAGAUAGGUAUGCUGGUGAUGGAGAAACCACAGUAGAAGAUAUCUCAAGGGACAUGUUCCUGUUUCAUAACAAAUUUAGUAGUAACAAAUAUAUAAGUAAAUAUCGGUGAGUAAGUUCAUAUUUUUAUAGAUAUAUAUAUAUAUUAAAAGAGAGAGCGAGAACGAGAUGGGUUUGUUUUUGAGUUACUGAUGAUGAAAUGAAGAAAUCAGUUAGUAAGAUGCGUUGAAGUUUAGUAUAA